GAAAGUUUCAAAAAUAGGCCCUCGAUAAAUUUAAAAACUCCUCUACGCUUCCUUUUUUCGCCACUUGUUGGAAUGACUCAGGAACAGAAACGUUAUUACGAAGAACCUACCAAUGUCGAUGAAUUACAAAUUUACGAAAAGCCUAAUGCUCUAGAUGACAUCGUCACUGCCAAAGACACUGAAAUUCUGGGUAACGCACUCCACGGCCUCUCCGUGGAAGAGUACGACAGGCAGUGCUCUGGUUUGACGGUGAUAGACGCCAGCAGCUCCGUCCUGUCUCCGCAACCUUCAAUCAAACCAUCGUCUACUGUGGCCAGCUCAGCCAUAACAAGUAGCCCUGCGAUAGAACCUCCUUUGCCGGAAACUCCCAACGCAACUCACAGCCAAUCUCAUAUCAUUUCAUCCAUCCCACUUGCAACCUCCUCCGAAUCCGCCUUGCCUGCUGACACUAAUUCAGUUUCAACCAGUAUACAAGAUGUCCCUGACAGUGAAGUUCCAUCCGCCAAGAAGCAAGAUGCUAAUCAUGAUAAAUCUCACAUUCUAUCAUCGCCCCCUGCUGCAACCACACUAGAGUCCAACGAAGAACCCGCUACUGGCUUCAUGCAAAUGGCCAAGCAAUAUACAUCCAUAUCCAUGAAAUCGUCUACAGCACGAACCAAUACUGUCGACAGUACUGAAUUUCAGAUCAAGAAGCAUUCAUUUCUUAAGCCUCAACAUCAUGAGAUCUUUUUGGGUGAGGGCGAUACGAAAAAGCUCUGCUAUCGGAAGAUACAACCACACUCUUACAAUUGGGGAUUUCAAAACACACUAUAUCGAAUUCCAUUGGGCAAAGCGUUGGAACGCGGUACAGCGGUGGCUGAAACGAAGAGGCAGGCAUACCAGAAUCAAAUGGUCAUUGCGUGGGGUGAAGCCAUUGGCAACAGCAAAGCGAAGGAUAACAGCACUGAAUUCAAGAACAUGACGGUCACCCCGCUGUUAUUUGUUUAUGAAAUGGAGUACAAAACACGACGUCUACGAUGGGCACGACCUUCGUUACUUACACACAAUAUGAUUUGCGAAGUCAUUGACAAACCAAGGCAAGUGAUCGCCUCAUUUGAUAGUCAUGGUAUGGGCUACUUUACGAACAUCGGCAAACUUAAAUUACAUAAUGCAACCAUGGCCGACGUCGGUGGCGACUCUAUUGAUGAAUUAGAGGCUCUGUUGGUCAUCUCUUGCUGUACCUUGGUGGAUCUUUUACGCGAAGUGGUGGAAAAAGCCGUUGGUAUUCGUGACGGCGGUGUUGCGGGAAGCAUCUAAUAUGCAAUAUACCGAUCGACAGGGUUUUUCAUAGACAUGUCAUAUACACAGUCUUCUCAAAGUGGCAUAGCAGACGAGUGCAUGAUUUAGC